AUGAUGAUAGAGACAGCCGAUGGGCCCUCGGCGGAGGCUCACCAUGGCGUUGGAUCAGUGUCGCCGACGUUGAAUCCAGCGACGACCGUAUCGCCGGAGGCACCACGAAAGACGUAUGCGGAGAGCGUGGAAGGCCGGCGCUCUGUUGACCAACAACCGAAUCAUGAUUGGCUUAAUGCGGAAAGUGACGAAGCUGACACUGACGUGGAUGAAGAUGAUGAUCCACUCUGCCCCACGAUAAGAUUGUCUAAGAAGGAGGUCGAGGCGAUCCGCGCCCCUGGGCGGAAGGCGCUGAUCAUCAAGAUGAUGGGCCGCCGGGUGGGGUACGCGUAUCUCCGACGUCGACUGUCUUCCAUGUGGAGAUCGAAGGGCAGCAUGGACCUGAUCGCCAUAGCAAAUGAUUAUUUUCUUGUGCGAUUUGGAUCGAUCGAUGACCUGGAAUUCGCUAUGUACAAAGGGCCUUGGAUGAUCCUAGAUCAUUACCUAAUCGUGAAGCCUUGGGAGCCGGAUUUUGAUCCGUAUAAUGACACUAAGGAGAAAGUUUUGGUUUGGCUACGGGUUCCUGAUUUACCUGCUGAGUAUUUUGAUAAUAUUUUUCUCAGGAAGCUGGGGAAUCGCAUCAGACGGAUAGUUCGGGUGGAUCAAGCAACUAGCUUGGUGUCGCGUGGCAUGUUUGCCAGAAUCUGUGUCGAGCUAGAUAUGAGGGAGCCCCUGAUCUCGAAGUUUACCUAUAAGGGGAAGGGAAGGUUUGCAGCGAGACAACCUGCUCGAUCGCAUAAAAACGGCCGUGGACAAGGGGAGGAAAACGGAACCCGCGACGGGGGUCUGGUCCAAGCCUACAAAUUUGCGCCUUUAGUGGGAGAUGAACCUGAGGCGGACGGUGAUCGGGUGGUGGAAACAGAACAGGCAGCUAGAGGUGUGAUGGAUAACAGUAGACGUAAAGACAUGCCGGGGAUGGGGGAACCAGGGGAAACAUCCAAUGCGGGGGCGCCAUCGCCUAGGGUGAGACAACAAAUGAGUGUCAAUGUGGCGGUGGUGGCUACCGGAAGACCUGGGCGGGAGAAUGGACAAGCGCCGAGAAGGGCGGCGGAGGAGAAUGAAAAUAUCGUCGUUAGAGGCAGGCAGGGUGGACUGGGUGUCAAAACAACAAGGGUGCUCUCGGGUGGUUUGGCCAAAGAUCUUCCUUCCCAAGUCUGGUAUACCACUAAGGAGCAUCACAGUGAUCCACCACGGCGGUUUGAUGAGGAAGGCGACGUUGUUAUAGAGCUGGAAACCGGCUUGGGCGCUGGAGGGAGGAGCUUCCAACGCGUCCUAAAAAACUUGAUCCGAACUCAUAGGCCUAAUCUGCUUGGGCAACGCGUCCUAAAAAUCUUGAUCCGAACUCAUAGACCUAAUCUGCUUGGGCUAGUGAAACCGAAGGUUUCUGGCACGCAGGCCGACGGGAUUUGUGCUAGGCUGGGUUUUUCGGAUUGGAUCAGAGUCGAGGCAGUUGGUUUCAGUGGGGGGAUUUGGGUGUUUUGGAACAAACCGAUCGAGGUACAAGAGAUUGGGGAGGCUCCAUGGGGUUUAGCAGUCGUCUACGGAAGCCCGGCCCACCACUUGAGGAAAAGGCUCUGGAACGAUCUCAGAGCGCGGAAACGAAAUAUCCCUUGUGAAUGGGUGGCGGUGGGGGAUUUCAAUGCCGUCACCUGCAAGGAGGAGAUUUCAAAUUACACCGCUCUGGCAAACCAGAGGAACGAGGACUUCGUCAAUUGGAUCCAUGAUGAAGGCAUGGUGAACUUGGGCUUCAAUGGACCCCGGCUUACCUGGAUGAGAGGCCUUGAUAAUCUGACCGCAAAAGGGGCCCGCUUGGACAGGGCCUUAUGUAGUGUAGACUGGCGCCACAGGUUUGGCGAUGCCAACGUGCGACAUCUACCACAUGUGGGGUCCGACCACGCGCCACUGCUACUCCAAUCGUGUACCCCAGGCAGGGGCCAGGUAAGUUACAAUUUUAAGUUCCAGGCCGCCUGGCUAACUAAUGAAAGUUUUAGUGCUGUGAUCAGGCAGGCGUGGUCUUUGGGCCACGGGCUUCAAGAGAACAUUAAGAAAGUUCAGGAGGAUCUCAGUGUGUGGAAUCGGGAGAUUUUCGACAGUAUUGAAGUGAGAAAGAAAAUCAUGUUGGCACGGAUAGGAGGAAUUCAGAAACGGAUGACGCAGUCCUUCCACCGAGGCCUAUGGAAAUUAGAAAAGCAGUUGUGCGGAGAGUUGGAGGAAGUGUUGUACCAGGAAGAACUCAUGUGGUACCAACGCUCUAGGGAGGAGUGGAUAGUGUCGGGGGACAGAAACACCAGGUUCUACCACACGGCAACUAUGGUAAAGAAAACAAGAAACAGAAUCAUGAGUUUGAAGGAUGAGGAAGGUGGUAAAGAAAACAAGAAACAGAAUCGUGAGUUUGAAGGAUGA